UGAAUCCCCACCCCCCGCGGGGCUUGGGCGGCAGGUUGGCACCCCUGCGCAUGCCUGCCCUCUCUGUGUCGUUCCUUUCCCCCGGCGCGGCAGGAUGCCGUCAUCGAGGGUCGCCGAGUGACGUAGGCGCCUCCCCGUCGUCCCCGUGUGUGUGUGUGUGUGUGUCUCUCUCUCUCUCUCUCGUCGCGGCGCGGCCCCGGUCCCGGGAGUCUGGCUCCAAUGGCCGCGGUGGAGGGCGGGGCCACCUCCCGCAAGCGGCGCUCCAAGCCGCAGUACCUGCAGGCGGCCAAGCGGGCCCGGCCGGGCGCCUCGCGGCAGCUGGAGCCCGGCAUGUGCGGCAUCCUCAUCACCUGCAACAUGAACGAGCGCAAGUGCGUGGCCGAAGCCUACAGCCUGCUGGGCGAGUACGGCGAGCAGCUCUACGGGCCGGAGCAGUUCACAGACCCAGAGGAGGGCAGAACUUCAGGAAACGAGGAGGAAGAGGAAGAUGAUGCUGAAGCUGCAUUGAAAAAAGAAGUUGAUCAGAUUCGCGCUUCGACAGAGCAGAAGCUGCGGCGGUUCCAGUCAGUGGACAGUGGCGCCAACAAUGUGGUUUUCAUUAGGACACUGGGUGUAGAACCUGAGAAGCUGGUGCACCAUAUCCUGAAGGACAUGCAUGCUACUAAAAAGAAGAAAACCAGAGUCAUUCUCCGUAUGUUGCCUGUUUCGGGGACCUGCAAAGCCUUCCUGGAGGACAUGAAACGGUAUUCAGAGACCUUCUUUGAGCCGUGGUUCAAAAGCCCUCUCAAGAGCACUUUCCAGAUUGUUUACAAGGCUCGCAAUAACAGCCACCUAAGUAGGGAAGAAGUCAUCAAAGAACUGGCAGGAGUCGUUGGCCAUCUCAAUCCAGAGAACAAAGUGGAUUUGAGUAACCCAGAGUUCACCAUUGUGGUGGAGAUCAUAAAGAACAUCUGUUGCUUGAGUGUAGUGAAGGACUACGUUCUGUUCAGAAAAUAUAACCUCCAGGAGGUGGUGAAGAGUGGCAAAGGGGAGGAGCCACAAGAGGCUUCGAAUGUGUCGCCAGAGGGGAACGUGGAUGAAGCAAAAUCGGCCAAGGCGAAGACGGAGGUCAAAGAGGAGUGUGAAGAGAAGGCGGAGGCCACGGCCACGGACAAUCAUAAGAACUGAGGCUGUUAAUGGAACUGGGGGAGGAAACCUGAGGGAUGACUUAAUGAAUGCGGGAUGUUGAAUGAAUGAAGGGUUUGGAUUGUUUAAAAAUGGGUUUCCCUUUGAACGCUACAGCCCUGUUCAGGUAUUGCAGCCAACCAUGGUGGUGUUGGCAGGGUCGUCUCUGGCACACCUGCGCUCCUGUUAGUGCCUGGUUCAUCGUAAUUCUAGUUGGGGAUUUCAUCUGACUUGAACCAGCUGUAGCAGUAGUUCUCAAACCUGGGCCCCAGAUGCUGCUGUUGGGCCUCAACUGCCAUCACCCCCAGCCAUGGGCCAUUCUGGUUGGGGGCGAUGGGGACUGUAGUCAGCAGCAUCUGGGAGCCAAUGUUCUCUGUCAGGGAUUUCCAGAUGUUGCCCCCAACUGCAUGGGCCUUUGGCUGGAGGUUCUGGGAGCCCAAUUGGGCACCCACACUUGAGGACUCCUGAGCUAUAGUUGGCCCCCAAGUCAGAAUCAGAAACCAUGGUUUGAGCUGGGUUUCCAAUUCUGGUGCUGGAGAGCAUAGGAGCCUAUGAGGGGAGGGGAGAGCCUGCAAACCCAGGGUGCAAUCCAUCAAAAGUUAGUCUCUCUUGAGUUCCAUGAAGAACAAAGCUGGAAUGGACAGUCCAGGCUCCAGCUGUAUUGAUUUCAGUGAGACUUACAGCUAACCUUCACUCGACUGCACUCCUUGUAUAAGUAUUAAUUUGUAUUUAAAUACUCCCUUUCCUGUUUGCUGUUGGGGUGGGUAUUGCAAAGCUACUUUGCUGUAAACAGCUAUGCAUCUCUCUCGGUUUCUACUCUCCUGGUUGGCAGCAGUUUAUCCCACUUGUCAUAGAUGCUAGACAUUAUACAGUUUUGGACAUCUGAGGCAUCCAUCCUUGAGCUGAUGAGUCCGUGCAGGUCUUAUAAGUUUCAGCAAGCUUUGUGCACCAGCAUAGUUACUGAUCCAGCCUUCAGAUUUCUAAGCUGUGGAUCCAGAGAUUCAGCCAGAAUCUGUAAAAACAAUGGUAUAAUAUAAACAGGGCAGAGUUAUGUAUAUUUGAGGAAAGCUACUCUCCCGCCCCCCAUUGCUUAACACAAAAGUGCUCCUUUCCCCAGCACAGCCUGUUUUCUAACUCUGUGAAGCUGGGGGAGCUUCAUCGCACCUCCCUGCAGUGCUCCUUGUAGCCCAGAGAGCAAGCAGCCUGGUACAAAGUUUUGUCUAAAAGAAGCACCGGAGAACUAGUCUGGCUGCUAUUUCUGAGGGAUUGUUUUCCCAAAACCAUUCCUCUUUGUAUGGGAUUUGGGGGGUAGGGCAGAGUCUUAAUGUUUGGUCUUAGUCUCACAGGUGGUGAUUGCUUUUUGUUUGUUUUUAAAAAACUAGUUGCUUGCAUUCAGCUUUCAUUUUGAGUUCCUUCUCAGAAAAGGGUUCUUCUAGCGUGGAAAUUCCAAAAAGAUGUUUUACCAAAAAAAAAUUGUAUUUUUUUAAUUACACUGGUUUACUUUGUUUGAAAGAGAGGUUUCUCAGUGAAUUUUCUCUCUGACUAGAGUUUGUUUGAAGGUUUUCAAUUGUAACUUAAACAAAACAAUAAACUUCAAUGACGGCU